UAGCUAUGUAGUCUAGCUAACGUUAGCUAGCAGCAAGCAAGCUGAAUCCAAUGAGUUUAGCUAGGGAAGCCAGCCCGCCUAGCUAGGUCACUAACGUUAGCUAAAUGAAUGUACACAGCUAGCGAGGUAGCUAGCUAGUCCUUACUAAUUUAACGAUAGCUAGCAUAGUUAGCAAACCUUAAUUGGCAGUUGUCUGGCUAACGUUAGAUUAACAUGAUUGACAUGUAAGAGUAAGUGGUUUUAAAUACGCUCAACGUUAUCGACAGACCGACUAUGGCCACAGCCCGUGCUUUAAACAGGAAAUGGAUGAUAAGAUUAGUCCAGAGAAAGCAGAAGAGGCCAAGUUGAAGGCCAGGUAUCCUGGGGUCAAGCCUGGGGGAUCCGAUCUCCUCAGGAAACGACUUCAAAAGGGGACCAAGUACUUUGACUCUGGUGACUACAACAUGGCUCAAGCCAGGAAGAACAAGCUGCCCGCUGCCACGGCGGAGAAGACCGAGAUCACUGGAGGCCACAUCCCCACCCCGCAGGACCUGCCUCAGAGGAAACCCUCCAUCGUGGCCUCCAAACUGGCCGUUUGAUACCAGCUCCAGAAACUGCACUGCUUUAUUCUUACUCCCCCCCCCCCCCCCCCCCCCCCCCAUACCUCACCUCCCUUGUCCUAUCAUGGCCCGUCUCCUCCAUCGCCCUUUGUGUUUGUUUCUACUCGCUCUUCUUUUUCCCCUUUCCAUUUUACUUCCGUGCGUAAGUGCUCUGAUACGAACAUUUGGGGGAGUUCACAGGCUCCAGAUUAAAAAGUGCUGCUUCGGGGAAGGUUUAUGUCUGUUAAGAGUCGGAACAGUUGUCUCGGGGCUGAGAUAAACAAUGUUGCUAAGUCAACUCUUGAGGUUGAAAAGUACUGUAGUACUCAUCGAAAGUGUACAUAUUUCCUGGUGUUGGAGUUCUGAUUGGAUUCAGCAUUUUAGAACCUUUUACAUUUUUACUCUUAUCAUUCCUGAUGCUUUCACCUAAAUUUUUCUAAGUAAUGUGCUUGAGAUUGACGUCGGCCCUCAAUAAUGUCCAUGCCACUUCCCCCUCUAUGUCACUGCUAUCUUUAUUUUGUAUCCAUGAGAAAUACAGAAUGGAGCACUGAGCUAGCACUAGAAGGUAAUGUUUAAAACGCAUGCGUGACACUAGGCCCUUAUAGGCUGCCUUUUGCUUGCCUCUGAUCUUGAAUGAGGAAAAUGGCCUUAAAAUCCUUAAGCUUUAUCGUUCGCAAUUUCUCCAAAGCAAUAUUUGUCCACCAAACCACCCACCUGCACCCACCCCACCUCCCCCUGAGAAAAGCCCCUGUGAAACCUUGUAUUUGAACAGGAAUGUGUGCUAAACAUGAACCGGAAUCAGUCUCGUAGGAAUUGCUGUUGGGUAGCUCACAAAAUGGUAUGCUUCGAAGGUGCACGUGCAGUGACUGUGCAGUCACUUGUGCCAUUUCUUUUGUAAAUAAAAUAGUUUUGCAUAAAUGUA